AUGGGUUUGUCAACCACAGAUGUCUCUAAAUGUGGCAAGUUUGACCAUGCAAUGGACAAUAUGGGUUUGUCAACCACAGAUGUCUCUAAAUGUGGCAAGUUUGACCAUGCAAUGGACAAUAUGGGUUUGUCAACCACAGAUGUCUCUAAAUGUGGCAAGUUUGACCAUGCAAUGGACAAUAUGGGUUUGUCAACCACAGAUGUCUCUAAAUGUGGCAAGUUUGACCAUGCAAUGGACAAUAUGGGUUUGUCAACCACAGAUGUCUCUAAAUGUGGCAAGUUUGACCAUGCAAUGGACAAUAUGGGUUUGUCAAACACAGAUGUCUCUAAAUGUGGCAAGUUUGACCAUGCAAUGGACAAUAUGGGUUUGUCAAACACAGAUGUCUCUAAAUGUGGCAAGUUUGACCAUGCAAUGGACAAUAUGGGUUUGUCAAACACAAAUGCCUCUAAAUGUGGCAAGUUUGACCACAUAUGA